AUGAGUCCACAUGGCGACGGCAGGGGCCAGGCCCAGGGGAGGGCAGCCCGAGUGGGGCCGCGGCGCUCCGGGGGCCUCCGCGGCGGCGUCGCCGUGUUCGCCGCUGUGGCCGCCGUGUUCACCCUCACGCUGCCCCCCUCGGUGCCCGGGGGAGACUCGGGGGAACUGAUCACAGCCGCAUAUGAGCUUGGAGUUGCCCAUCCUCCUGGCUAUCCUUUAUUCACACUGGUGGCUAAACUGGCAAUUAUACUAUUUCCUUUUGGUUCAAUUGCCUAUCGCGUCAAUCUUCUCUGUGGCUUAUUUGGAGCAGUAGCUGCAUCGUUACUUUUUUUCACUGUUUUCAGGCUUUCUGGCUCAUAUGCUGGAGGAAUCCUUGCUGCGGGGGUGUUUUCAUUUUCUCGUCUAACAUGGCAGUGGUCCAUUGCAGCAGAGGUUUUUAGCUUAAACAAUCUGUUUGUGGGGCUGCUUAUGGCUCUCACUGUACAUUUUGAGGAGGCGGCAUCUGCAAAGGAGAGAUCAAAGAUAGCUAAAAUUGGUGCUUUCUGCUGUGGCCUUAGCUUAUGUAAUCAGCACACAAUAGUACUCUAUAUUUUGUGCAUAAUACCUUGGAUUCUCUUUCGACUUUUAAAAGAGAAGGAACUCUCCCUGGGCUUUCUGCUGAGGUUGAGUCUGUACUUCUCUGCCGGGUUGCUGCCUUAUGUCUACCUUCCUAUCUCAUCCUACCUCAACCAAGCCCGGUGGACCUGGGGAGACCAGACAACAUUGCUAGGAUUUUUGACGCAUUUUCUCAGGGAAGAAUAUGGAACAUUCAGCCUGGUUGUUUUUUACAGUUCUCAAGUAACAAGUAUGAGGACCGAACUCUCAUUCAACAUCCAAGCCCUCGCAAUUUGGGCAAAUAUAUGUUUAGUAAGAAAGGCAAAUUUAGAUAUUUCGAACCCACUUUUCAUGGGUGUGGUGGAACGAUUCUGGAUGCAGAGCAAUGCAGUGGUGGCUGUCCUGGCUGGCGUUGGUUUGGCUGCACUUGUGUCUGAGAGUAACAGAGUGCUGAAUAGCAAUGGGCUUCAGUGUUUGGAGUGGCUUUCAGCGGCUCUUUUUGUAGUUUACCAAAUAUAUUCUAAUUACAGCAUUUGUGACCAAAGGACCAACUAUGUGAUCGAUAAAUUUGCAAAGAACCUUCUAGCCUCUAUGCCUCGUGAUGCAAUUAUCUUACUCAGAGGAGAUUUGCCAGGGAAUUCUCUCCGUUACAUGCAUUACUGUGAGGGGUUGAGGCCAGAUGUUUCAUUAGUGGAUCAGGAAAUGAUGACUUACGAGUGGUAUUUACCCAAGAUGGCAAAGCAUUUACCAGGUGUCAACUUCCCUGGGAACCGGUGGAAUCCUGUGGAAGGAAUAUUACCUAGUGGAAUGGUCACAUUUAAUCUUUAUCAUUUUCUCAAAAUAAAUAAACAAAAAGAAACAUUUGUUUGCAUAGGAAUUCAUGAAGGGGACCCAACCUGGAAAAAGAACUAUUCACUUUGGCCAUGGGGGUCUUGUGACAAAUUGGUUCCUUCAGAGAUUGUAUUCAACCCUGAGGAAUGGAUUAAACUUACAAAAAAUAUGUAUAACUGGACUGAAGAAUAUGGAAGGUUUGAUUCAACUUCCUGGGAAUCCGUGGCCAAUGAAGAGAUGUGGCAAGCAAGGAUGAAAACACCGUUCUUCAUCUUUAACCUGGCAGAAACUGCUAAUAUGCCUUCAAAUUUGAAAGCUCAACUCUACAUUCAUGCAUAUAACCUUUAUAAGGAGAUUGUCUAUUUGCAAAAGGAACACCCAGUGAAUUGGCACAAGAACUAUGCCAUCGCUUGUGAGCGGAUGCUACGUCUUCGGGAGAGAGAUGCAGACCCUGAAGUCCUCUUAUCUGAAACCAUCAGACACUUCCGUCUCUACACUCAGAAAGCACAGAAUGAUCCACAGCAAGCUGAUAUUUUAGUUGCUCUAAAGCACCUAAGAAAAGAACUGCAAAGUCUAAGAAAUAUGAAAAAUGUCUGAGACAGCAAAAUGUGAAAAACCUGCCUGUCAGUCAGCUUCCAAAAUUCUGAAGUCCAAAAGUUUUUCCUUCAAGAAAAAAACUGUAUAAAAAAUUUAAAACGAAAUCAUCUCCCAGAUAGAACUAACAUGAUACAG